AUGCACUUCACAUCAGGCUUCACGCCCGACUUGUCAGCAUACCAAGGCAAACCCAACGAAGCCAGCAAUGCGCACUGGGAUAAGCUAACACACCCCGGCAUGGUCGCCCUAACGGAGCAAGAGCAUGCCAAACUCCCCUCAAAGAGUUCCCUCUUCAUCGACGAUGAUACUCGAGAAUCAGAUCCUCCACUAUAUGUCGGCGCAGUCGAAGUGUUUCAUCAGCUCCAUUGCUUGGAUAUGCUCCGCAUGCAAGCGUACGGCGUCUUGAAGGAUUGGUACGAUGUGCACAGUCCGGCCAAUGAGCACACUAUUCCAGCGCACCUCGAACAUUGCAUCGAUUAUAUUCGUCAGUCAAUGAUGUGCAGGCCGAGCCUAGACAUUUUGCCUUUCAGAACGGACUCGGAGGGCCUCCUGCGACCUGUCUUUAACGGAACCAGAACAUGCGCAAACUUUGACAAAGUCCGUGACUGGGCGAUCAAAAGAAAAGCGGGCAAUUUGUCACCCCAGUGA